AGUUAUCUGCAAACAUCUGAAACUUACAUCAAAAAAUUUUCAAUGAAAAUUUAAAAAUACGAAAAAAUUGUGUCAUUUCUUCUGGUUUUUAGCAAAAUUUCUUGUGUAAGUAAAAUUUUAAUUGAAAACUAUGCGAAUAUUUGGGAAAGUCCUGCAGACUUUGCGGCUGUCUAGGCGACAACCGAACUUCAAACCACGUCGCUACUCUUCGAUCUUGUGCUCCCAUAACAGUGCACGACGCACAAAUCUUCAUAAUCGCAAUUCAAAACAUGGUUCUAUACGAUCAAUGGCGGCAAAGUCAGAUUCAUCAAACAAAGGAAAUGAUAUAAGCAAGACUAGCCUAACUAACAUACUGCCAGUGGCUCUGAUACAGUCUAAGUCUGCGACUACUUCCACAAAAAUCAUGUUGAUUCCGCUUAACUUGUUUGAUGGUGACGAUGAUGCCAGCAAAAACACCAUGAAAACUUUGUCUAUUAUUCGGGAACAUGCACGACAAAUUGAAGCUUUCACUGAAAAUGUAAUGGGCACAGCAGAAUCAACACAAUAUGGUGUACCAUUGGCAAGUAAUAACGCUGGAGCAUUGAUGGAUCAAUGUUCAGGGAAAGACGAUGUUACUCUAUGGACACAUGAUGAGGAAAUAUCCAAUUCACAUGCAUUACAACCUUCUGAAGAGACGAUCAAGAGCAACCACAUAUCACUUUACGAAAAACUUGAGCGUGCCAUGGCCGAACAAGAACGAAAUCGUAUCGAGACUCAUGACUGUUACGAGGUAGCGGCCUGGAAUAGUUCCAAACGUGACUUGGUUGUGUAUGUACCCGAAAAUUUAGAGCAGAAAUUGCAACAAAUGGCAAUAGCAUCUAUGCAGUUGAUAUUUGAAAUGGAUAUGAGUAAUAUUCGUGAUGCUAUCUUCAGAAGUGCGGCCUUGGAGAAAAUUAACAUGUUUAAGCCUCCAACACCGAAAACUUUGGAAGAUCCCACAGUGAAAAUAGAAGCUAAUUUGGAUCUAGGAAAGGAUAAAAUGGAAAGCACUAUUCCUCUUGACUUCAAUGCAAUGAUUCAGGGUACGGUCGAAAUUGAUCCAUCAAAAUACACACCCAGCGUUCUAGGUGAGAUCAAAGUGCCGGAGUUCAAUGAUUGUGUCACAACCAUAGCGGCUAAUAUAUGUAGUACAGCGUUGCAGAAGGGAUUUCCCGCGGAUCUUAGCCGAAUGGCGUAUUCGACAAAGUCGCCAGCCAAAAAUAAAAGCGCAAAUCGAGACCCACACAUCGUUUGUGUUCGUGAUGGUUCCAAAGGAUGCGUUUCACCAGGCAACGCCGAUUAUCCAAAAUUCAAACCUCAAGACGCAAAUACGCAACAAGCCAAAGAAAAGACGAACAAAGCUAGUAUAUCGUCAGAAAUCUCCCUACUCUCGUCUUCGGAAAUAAUUGACGCUUAUAACUCACGUGGUCUAAUGAGUUGUAAAGCUUAUGCCAGAGCGCUAAUUGAAGCAACCAAACGGCGUGCUGAGAUUGCUAACAAAGGCUCUGUACCAUGUGAUGAUAAGAAAUCUGUGAAAAAAGAAGCAUUCAAGAAGAAAGAUAAAUGUGGCGACACUAAAAACAAUCCUUGUACCAAACCUCUGAUAGACGAAUGUGGUAACGAAAUAAAAAAGAAUUGUCCAACUAGGAAAAAGAAAGAUAAAAAGAAGGAUCCUUGCAAGGGUGAUGAUCCUUGUAAAAAGGCGGCUAGUAAAGACGAAGGAUCUUGUACCACACCUGGUGUACCGAAACCCUGUGCCGGGAAACGUAAAAAGAAGCCGACCAAGGAUAAGGGGAAAAAAGACAUAUGUGGAAAUGCAAAGAAAGGAAAUAGAUGUAAUACCGAAACUGAUGCAUGCCAACAGGAGAAAAAGCGUCCAAAACCAAAGAAGAAGAAAUGUGAUUUAGGUGACCCAUGUAAGGAUCCGUGUCUUAACAUCAAUGAACAAUCUGACAAAAACAAAAAGGAAUUCUCCUCUGGAAAAGAUAACAAAUGUAAGAUGGUAAAGAGCUUAUGUGAUAUGAACAAAUCCCAAUCUUCGACUUGUGCUAGCGAUAAGGCAGCGAAGAAAUCUAAGAGCACCAGCGACGUAAAAAAAACUGAUAGCAAAUGCGAAUCCUCAAAAGCGAAAAAAACCACCUCUUCCAAAAGUAAAUGCAAGCCAUUUAAUAGUGCUAGCUCUAAAGAUAGUAAUAAGUCAAAAUGUGGAUCAGACGGAAAAUCAGGUGGAAAAGCGAAAAACCUUUGCGACGUAAAGAAACCACCAUCUAAACCAGCCACAAACAAAGAAUGUAAACGUUAUGAAGGCUUCUGCAAAAGCAAAGAUUCGAAAACCUCUUGCUCAUCCGAUAAAGGCCCAGGUAAGAAAUCAAAUGCAGACAAAUCAGGAUCGAAAUGCAAACCUAUUAAAAGUCUGUGUGAUGCAAAGAAAUCUAAAUCGGACAAAAAGCCCGAUUGCAAGUCUGAAAGUAAACCGAAGAGUGCUUCAAAAUGCAAACCCAUUAAAAGUCUGUGCGAAGCAAAGAAAUCAGCAUCUUCAGACAAAAAGUCUUCCAGCAAGUCGGCUGACUGCAAGACAACAAAAUCGUCGUCGCCCAAGAGUGAUUCGAAAGAUCAUUGUCAGACGAAGAAAAAGUCAACGAAACCCAAUUGUAAAACCAAACCUGGCUCUUCUGCAAAGAAGUACAGCACUUUGGCGAAUAAUAAGUCAUUUGUGGAAAUGUCCCCCAUUAAACGUUACUUUAGCACAAUUCCCGUAUACUCAAUUCCACGUGGAUUCAUUUCAUGGAGACAGUUUAGUUCGAAGAAAAGUGGUAAAGGGAAAAAGAAAGGCAACAAGGAUGACGGAAUGUGCGCGCAGUAUCAAUCAAAACCAAAGAUCAAACGCACUGAUAAACUCGAACGGAGGAAACCGAAGUUAGACUGUUAUAGCGAUCCUGAUGAGUGCCAAGAACAAGCCUGUAAGGAUCCUAUGAAAUCCAGCUGUGCCAAUAUCAAAAAGGAAAAUGAGAAUCCCUCAGCUCUCAGAUUUAGAACGUGUUUGCAUAUGACUAAUCGCUUCCCUGUCCUUCACAAAAGAAAUUAUGGAACGGAUUCCUGUAAUGAAAAUCGAGCUCGAUGUUACGAAGAAGAUGCAAAAAAUUAUGAAUCCGAAAAAGAGCAGGAAAUUGAGGAAUGUACUGAUGAAGAGAAUACUGAUUCAUAUCUUAUAAACAAGACAAGAAACGAAGUGAUAAGAAUACUGGAACCGUGUACAGUCGAACGGUGUUUAGAAGCAUUACCAAAGUUUAAUGAGUAUGAUGUACUGAUACGCACCGAAGCAGUUGCACUUUCAGGAUCUGACCUCCAUUACUACGAAACUGGAGGGCAAUCCUAUCCAGGCAUGACUCUAGGUCAUGAUGCAUCUGGAAUAGUUCAAGAAGUUGGUUGCUCAAUAACGAAAAUUCGACCCGGCGACCGUGUUGUUGUAGAGUCGGGCUUAGCAUGUGGCAUUUGCGACUAUUGCAAGAAAGGUUGCUACAACAUCUGUAACAAUUUAAUAUUCAAUGGAUUUCUACGCAAAUACCAAGUUCAUCCCGCUGAUUUAUGCCACAAAAUUCCAGCCGAUGUGGAUAUGAUCGAAGCAACUCUUACGCAAACGUUAGCGCUUGGAUGUCAGGCUUGUUUCAAAGCACAAGUUCUACCCACGACCAAUGUCCUAAUCAUCGGAGCGGGUCCCACUGCCAUUUCCGCGGCAUUGUGCGCACGCGCAAUAGGGGUGGGUAACAUCUGUGUAGCGUCCACAAUAAAGGAACCCCUCGAAACAAUUGAGAAAACCUUUCACUUUAAAUGCAUGCACUAUGAUGCGGACAUGCAGUAUUGCAUGAUACUUGAGUGUUUGUAUAGCGCGUUACAUGAUUGGCCGGAUGCUGUUAUAAACUGUGCCGUGUCAGAGAAGUCAAUGAAUUUAUCAGUAAUGGCACUGAAGCCAUGUGGCAUAUGCAUUCUAGCAGAGUGUGAUGCGGAGUGUGCGUGUUUUAAUGCAAUGGACGUUCUUAUGAAAAAUCUGAAACUGAUUCCGAGCUUUCGCUCAAUUAAUAUGUUCCCAACUGCGCUACAGUUGAUUGAUGGGGGUAAAGCGCCUAUUGGUCGAUUAGUUGCAAAUGUAUUUCAGUGGAGUAAAGUUGAAGUGGCUUUUCGAAAGGCGUUACAUGAAUCAAAUAUUGGUAAUAAAAAAGUUGUAAUAAGAUGUGCGGAGGAAGACAAAGAUAUAUACAAGAAGGAGGAUUGCAAAACUUAGACCAAUAAAAAUUAAAAAAAAUGGUAUUUAUAAGUGAAAUUGUAUAUGUGAUAACUUCUGCUCUCGCUCUUUUUCUGCAAUAUAAAAUAAAAUUAUGAUAAAGAAUUUUUAUAUCUAUAUAU